AUGGCCAAGGUCGACCAGAAAGCCGUCCUCAUCGUCAUUGACGGUUGGGGCAUCGCGACCGAAAACUCGCGCAAAGAUGGCGAUGCUAUCCUGGCCGCCGAUACUCCUACCAUGGAUGGAUUCAUGAAGGACGGCUCGAAAACCGCACAGGGAUUCACUGAGCUCGAGGCUUCCUCCCUAGCCGUCGGACUUCCUGAGGGCCUCAUGGGCAACAGCGAGGUCGGCCACUUGAACAUUGGCGCAGGCCGCGUCGUAUGGCAGGAUUCCGUCCGCAUUGCCCAGACCAUCAAGGAGGGCAAGCUGAAAGAUGUGGAGACGGUCAAGAAGUCGUUCCAGCGGGCAAUCGAUGGCAAUGGCAGGCUUCACUUCUGCGGUUUGGUCUCCGAUGGCGGUGUCCAUUCGCACAUGGACCACUUAAUCGAGUUCCUCAAGGUCGCAAAGCAGCAGGGCGUCCCCAAGGCGUACAUCCACUUCUUCGCUGACGGUCGUGACACUGACCCCAAGUCCGCGGCUGGCUACAUGGAGACUCUUCUGAAGGCCACCAAGGAGAUCGGACUCGGUGACAUCGCAACAGUGGUCGGUCGCUACUACAUCAUGGAUCGCGAUAAGAGGUGGGACCGAGUAGAGAUUGGCAUGAAGGGUCUUGUAACUGGUGAGGGCGAGGAGAGCAGCGAUCCGGUAGCCACCAUCAAGGAGCGAUACAGCAAAGACGAGAACGACGAGUUCCUGAAGCCCAUCAUUGUGGGUGGAAAGGAGCGCAGAAUACAAGACGACGAUACACUGUUCUUCUUCAACUACCGCUCCGACCGUGUUCGUGAAAUCACACAGCUCCUCGGCGAUGUCGACCGUUCACCCAAGGCCGAUUUCCCCUACCCCAAGAACAUGUCCCUUACCACCAUGACCUCAUACAACCCCAAGUACACUUUCCCUGUUGCUUUCCCGCCCCAGAGAAUGGACGAUGUACUCGCGGAGACUCUGGGCAAGCAGGGCGUCAAGCAGUGUCAUGUUGCAGAGACCGAGAAGUACGCCCACGUCACCUUCUUCUUCAACGGCGGCGUUGAGAAGCAGUUUGAAAAUGAAGAGCGUGAGAUGGUUCCUUCACCAAAGGUUGCCACCUACGAUCUCCAGCCUACGAUGAGUGCAAUGGCGGUUGCCGACAAGCUUUGUGAGAGGAUUCAGACAGGCAAGUUUGAGUUCUUGAUGAACAACUUUGCGCCACCAGACAUGGUUGGCCACACUGGUGUGUACAAGGCUGCCAUCGAGGGCUGCACAGAGACAGACAAGGCUAUCAAGAGGGUCUAUGAGCAGUGCAAGGAGAGCGGCUACGUUUUGUUCGUCACUGCGGACCAUGGUAAUGCCGAAGAGAUGCUUACAGAGGAGGGCACGCCCAAGACGUCGCAUACCACCAACAAGGUCCCCUUCGUCAUGGCCAAUGCCCCUGAAUCCUGGAGUCUGAAGAAGACCGACGGCGUUCUCGGUGAUGUCGCGCCCACAGUUCUUGCCGUCAUGGGCCUGCAACAACCAGAAGCCAUGGAUGGACACAGUCUGCUUGUCAAGUCAUAAGCUCUCUACGUGCUACUACGUUCGCAUGCGCAUAGCCCGGUCUUGAUUGACUAGAUUCCGAAUCACUCUAUGGACAAUGGACCUUUUCGACCAGGUGUAGGCAUAAGAUCUGAUAGACUUGAAUAAUAGAACGUGAAACAUGACAUCAA